CAAGCAUUUUAAACGUUUUUUUUUACAAAUUUAUUUUAAUCGGUAAAAAUUAUAAUAAUUUCAAUAGUUCAUGUAUAGUUUUGAAUACAGCAUCAUUUGGUUUUAAAUUAGUAGUUAUGCACCAACUAUGUGUAAUAUAUUUGCUUACGUUUGCCGGCAUACUCACUUCAGCAGCGACUGUAGUAAAUAAUAAUGUUACCGUACUGAAACCUGGUUCGAUAUAUGACUACCAUCCACGAUUAAAGCGCACUGGAUUUUUCCAAACUGAUCUUCAUACUUAUUGCUAUAAUGGUACGGCAAAGGAUGUAACAAAGUUUCUCGAAAGCUUGAAACUGCAUUUGGAUAUUGAAGGAGAUGAUUAUACACAAUAUGAAGGAACAACGCCCGAAGAAGUGGUGCAGCACUAUGAAGCUAAAUUGUCGUUGUUUAGCUUUAACAUAUUUACGCAAAAACGCACAAAAUUAUCUUUGUCGCCCUUUGCACCCAAGUGUAUAGGUAUUGUAUCGGGCGAACCAUAUCGUUUGACGCUGAUACAAGAACGUAUAGAUGUUAUAAGGGUAUUCCUGUUGCUUUCCGGCACAUUUAUGUUUCUUUAUGCCAGAAAAUUAAGUGAAAAUCCUUUAUUUUAUUAUAUUACUGGCAUCAUACUGGGGAUAAGCUUAUCUUUUAUGUUACUUAUUUGGUUAUCGAGUAAAUUAUUUCCAAGACGAACAAUGACUUAUGGCAUCCUAAUUGGCGGUUGGACUAUUGGCGUUUAUAUGUUACAAAAAAUUUGGGAAAAUUUGCAAGUUAUUCUUGUUACAUAUCAUAAUUAUGUGCUUGGGUAUAUUAUUACAACGGGAAUAAUAGCGUUCUUCUUUUGUUACCGUAUGGGUCCACCAAAAAAUCAGCGUUCUAAAGACAUAAUUAGAUGGCUUAUGCAGUUGCUAUCAUUGGUUUUAAUAUACUAUUCGAGUCAUUUUGAAGCGGCAGCUGUUGCUGCUGCUAUCAUAGUAGUUGUGAUAAACUAUUUUCCAUUGUCUCUUAUUUAUAAACUCAGAGGAUAUUAUUUACGCUAUUUUCCACCCAAACGUCGUCUGCUUAGUAGUGAGGAAUUUUAUGAACAAGGAGUUCUUGAAACAUCGAAAGCAUUAGAAGAGUUGCGCACUUUUGUUAGUAGUCCAAAAUGCAAGCAAUGGCAGGUUAUUACUAAAUUAAAGGAUCCUUUACGCUUCGCUAGUUUUGUGGAAGGUUCAUCGCAUUUAAGUGAUGAUGAAAUGCUUUCUUUUGAAGAAUUUAGGCAAAACGUGGAUAGUGAAGAAAGUUCUUCAGAAAGUGAUAAUGUACCAUAUAAUUCAACAAACGUUCAACCUCAACCAAAACGAAAUCAUAAACAUGAAGCACUUACUGAUGAGGAUGAUAUAUCUGAAGAUGAUAAUUAUAUUACAAAAAAUGAUAGAAUUUAUAACCAAGUAAAACAUGCUAUAAAUGAAAACAGAGCUUUUACUUCUAGAACAGAAAUGUGGGAAAGAAAGUCGACACCAAAUGGUGCGUAUGUAAGAAAAAGUAUUAGAGAAUCUAAUCACGUUUAUACAACUGACAGUGAUGAGGGUUAAAAUAUUUAUAGUUUUUAAAAUAUUCCUACU